AUGUCGUUUUUGUUUGGAGGAAAGAAGAAAACUCCUCAAGAAUUGAUGCGAGAAUACAAGAGGAAUGUGGACAAGUCUGUGCGAGAGAUCGAACGAGAAAAGACCAAACUACAAACUCAGGAAAAGAAGAUCAUCAACGACAUACGCAAGGCGGCGAAAGAGGGGCAGAUGGGCCCUGUGCGUGUCAUGGCGAAGGAUCUAGUCCGAACAAGAGCUCAAAUCACGAAGUUCUAUCAAAUGAAAUGUCAGAUGCAGGCUGUUGGCCUUCGACUUCAAACCAUCAAAUCGACGCAGGCCAUGACAGAAGCCAUGAAAGGAGCGGCGAAAGCCAUGAAGGGCAUGAAUGCCAAGGUCAACCCGAUCGCCAUGCAGAGGAUUCUCUUCGAGUUUGAGAAGCAAAGUGAGAUCAUGGACAGCAAGCAGGAGAUGAUGGAUGACGCGAUCGAUGAUGCGUUCGAAGCCGACGAUGAAGAGGCGCAGGUGGACGAAGUGAUAGGACAGGUCCUGUCGGAGAUCGGAAUCGAUCUUGGCGAUCAGAUGCAUCAUGCGGCUCCAAGCUCGUCUGAAGAAUCUCAAGAGCUGAGACGGAGAUCGUGA